GCGUCUGCGCAUCAAGUUCUAACGGUAACGUCCUGCGAUUUGCUGUGGCAUUCGAAAUUGCAGUGAGCCCAGUAGCUAUGAGUCAUAACGAGGACUACCGACGUGAUAGAUACGUCUCUCGCCAGUACGCGUACAAUCGAGAUGGAUCUGACUCACAUUGGUACGACUCAACACGUGGCAGAUAUGGUAGUGACGGCUAUAAUGAUUGCAGUCGAUCGGAUUCCCAUGGCUACGGAUAUCACCGGGAUUAUGACGUUUCCUCGCAGUACGGAGGUGGAGCCUCGAGGUACAGCGACUCUCCUGGGGAACACGACCAAGGUCACAGUGGCUAUGAUCGAGGAUACGGCGACUACGGUGAGGGCUACAAUGAUCGAUUCGGAUCGCAUGGAGGGUACGCUAGCUGGGGGAACCAAGGUGGCCACGGUAAAGGGAGAGAUCGAGAACGCCAUGAUCGUAGCUAUGGAGGAGAUAGAGGCGGUGGCCACGGACGUGACGACCGUGGCUACGGCCGGCAACGAGACUAUGGAAGCAACGAUCGUCCUGGAGAAGAAGAUCGUGGUUAUGAUGGAGGCCAUCGCAACCGCGACGGACGCGGAGAAAGGGGCCGGAGAGGCGGUCGUGGAGGCAGUGGCUCUCAAGAAGGCCCUGGUGCAGGCUUUAUCUCUGGCUCUGGAUACGAGCUGAUCGGAAACCCCAUCUCCGACCCUCGCGUAGAAGAAGAAUGGAGUGGUCGAGCAGGUGCCCAUGAAGUUCGUAGUGAUGACCCGGACCUGCAGAGAGAAGUUCAGAUUUGCCAUCGACCUGGUGUUGCCUCCGGUGGCAGGACAAUACCUGUGAACGUCAACUACUUCAAGGUGUCAGUGGACAAAGCACCUAAGGAGAUAUUCAAGUAUCACGUAACUGUGGAGCGUUCGAGGGACGUUGCUGCAGCCUCUAGAUAUGGCACCACUGGAGCUCAGCAGAUUACUGAAGAUCCUGGUGGUGAGGCCGCCAAUGCAGCGCCACGACAUGAGCCGAGACCAGAGCGUCCACUGCCACGUGCAUUAAUAGGAACUGUCAUAAACGCCACCUUGCUACAGUACAAAGAAUCGUUUGAGGGCGUUCGGGUGGUGCAUGACGCAAUGGCAUCGCUGUACGCACCCGUGAAAUUAUCUUGGACCUUAAAAGAAUUUGUAGAUGUGGACCCGGACAAUACUGAUGCAGCUCGUGACUAUCGACAACAAAUGGCAAGCUCACACAGUGAGAACACGAAGGCUUGUGUCAACAACUUUCGAACGUACUUGGUCAAGAUGAAGAUGGUGGAAGUGAUUUCGUUGGCAACGCUGAACAAUUACUACUCUGAUGCAAGUGUGAAUGUUAUGCCUGUCGUACAAGCUCUGAAUGUUGUGGCUCGCCACCUGGCGACCCAGCGCUUUGUCACCGUUGGAUCUGAGUUAUACAACAUGAAGGAUAAGAAACUGCGUUUGUUAAGUGGUGGUAAGGAGAUCUAUGGGGGUUACCACCAAGCGCUACACGUCGCAGAUCAUAAAGUGGUGAUGAAUAUCAAUCAAACAAUUGGAGUAUUUUACUCCCCAGGGCCGUUAAUGGAUCUGGUCAUGGCGGCACUGCGGGUACGCAACGUUAAUGACAUUAAGAACCUGUCGGAGAAGCAGUUGAAGGGCCUUGCUCGCGCCCUGCGGAAAAUCGAUGUCUUUCCAACUCAUCGUUCGGAUCGACGUCGACCAAUCUGUGGAGUAAGCGCCAUGGGAGCCGACAGAACUAUGAUGAAUUAUAAGGGAGAGGUGAAAUCUGUGGCAAACUACUUCAGCGACCGCUAUCAGAAGACUCUGCAAUAUCCUUCACUUCCAAUGGUAAAUGUUGGCAGCAAGCGUCCAGGGAAAGAGACGUGGCUGCCUAUCGAGGUGUGUACAGUUGCCCCCGGCCAACACUUCUCCAGCUCCGAUAACGUGGAUCAGCCCGAAGUCAUCCGGUUGGCCAGCCAGCCUCCUCGAGCUCGCCAAGCGGAUAUUCUGAAUCACGUUCACCAGGCAGGAUUUGAGAACGAUCCAUAUCUGGAGGCUUUCGGUUUGAACGUGGAGCAGAGAUUCCAGACUGUGGAGGCUCGCGUAAUGGAUGGACCGUACGUACAAUACGAGAACGUAUCAGUGCAUCGAUCCGACGGACAGUGGAGUCUCAAUAACAAAAAGUUGGUGUGUGGUAUGUCAAUUCGGAACUGGGGCGUGGUCGUCCUAGGUGAAACUCGGAAAUCCGAAGUGAACAAGUUCAAGGACAAGUUGUGCGAGGCCGGGGAUGAGCGUGGAAUGCCGUUCAAGAACAAGCACCCCGUAGUCAUUCUCCAAAGAGACAACCGAGACAUGGAAGUGGAUGAGCUGAUGGAGCUUUGUUUGCGGGAGCUGCUGGAAAAAAAUGAGGAAGGUUCUCCACAGUUGAUUCUGGUGAUCUUGCCAGAAACGAACUCUGUUCAUUAUGGUGAAGUCAAGAGAAUGUCCGACACGGUGCUGGGAAUUGCUAGUCAGUGUGUGGUAGCGGAGAAAUUGCGAAAGGCCAAUGCCGCAUUCUGUGCUAAUGUCUGUCUGAAGAUCAACAUGAGGCUUGGAGGCAAGAAUGCUGUGCUAAAAGGACCGCUUCCGCUUAUAAGCGCUGCGCCAACUAUCGUUAUUGGAGUUGAUGUUGAACGCAGUAGUUACGGUAUGGACGAUCAGCCUGCGAUUGCGGCAGUGGUGGCGUCGAUGGACGCAUAUUCUGCUCAGUACGCAGCACGUGUGGCUGCUCAGAAUCCGCGCAAAAGUAUUGAGAAACUGCCAAAAAUGCUGAAAGAAUUAUUUCUCGUUUACUGCAAGAACACGGAGCGUAGACCCGAGCACGUGCUGUACUAUCGCGAUGGUGUGAGCGAUGGAGAAAUGCAGAGCGUCCUGCAGACGGAGAUGCGAGCUCUGUGUACGGCAUUCAAAAUGAUUUCUGGUGACUACAAGCCGUUAGUGACUUUCAUUGUGGCAAAUAAACGGCAUCAUGUGCGAGCUUUUCCGGUCAAUUCGCGCGACGGCGACUCGAAGGGCAACGUGAAGCCUGGAACGGUGAUUGAUUCGGUGGUUAUGGAUCCUCACCUGUUCAGCUUUUAUCUUUGGGGUCACAGUACGCUGCAAGGUACAAGCCGGCCGUGCCAUUACACUGUGCUGUACGAUGAUAACAGCUUGGCUGCGGAGGACGUGCAGCUGCUGACGUAUCAUUUGGGGUACACAUUUGCCCGAUCGACACAUUCGGUGUCCGUGAUUACUCCUGUUUACUACGCCAACGAAGCUGCAGCGCAUGCUCGUCACUUUCUGGAAGAACGCAUGGCUGGCACAGACACUACAGUCUCAGGCGGCGGGAGGUUCAAGUUCGCCAAUGUGCACAAGGAAGUGCUGAAUCGCAUGUUUUUCAUUUGAGCUAAUUGUGCUCGGUUGAUGAGUGACGAUGUAAGAGGCGUAAAGGAGAUUGCAGGUAACUCGACUCCAAUACAUGGUUUGUGGUUGGAA